UCAAUUCAAUUUCUCUCCAGUUUGGGAGCGGUCUCUCCGUUGGUCAGUCCAAUGGUCUAACCACUCGCGAACGUUGCGUGUGCCGUCUGGUAUCAUAGACCCCGUGAGAUUACCGUGCCCAGCAUGGCUCCCAGCAUGGAUAUGGGCUUUUUGCCCAAGAUCAAAUGCUCCAAUUGCGGGAUCGAUGUUGAGAUCUCCGCCAUGGGAGACCAUGUGUGUGCCAAAACAGAUCCAGUUCCCCCACAAUCACCGCCUCGUCCGCCUUCGAAAUCGAGCAUUGGAUCACCACCCAAAGCAGGCAAUGCGUGGGCUGCCAGAGCUGCGAGGAUGAAUCCUCCGCCACGCAUUGAUCCUUUGGUAGCCAAUCGGCCGUUCCUGCGCCCGCACAGUCCCCUAGACAACAAAGACCUCCUCGUCCCCUCUCCUCUCUCCACCGCUACUUCAGGCGGGCCACGCUCGCCGUUGCGUCCGCUUCAACGUAGCCAGACCUCACCUCUGCCAGAAGAACCACAAUCCCCAGACUCAAUCAACAUGGAAACUGCAUUUGCCUCGUUUCCUCUGCCCCGAUCGAUGUCGGAUAGACGUCCAAACGUCGGCCCAGACGCCAUGGGAGCAGGAAGGGUUGCUCCUCUCCAGCCAGCACGUCAUGCCAGCAGCUUGAGUCGAGAUGGUCAGAACGCACCCGUUGAACUGCCGGCAGAUAACGAAAUUCCACCUCCUCCACUACCUAAAGACGGCCCUCCUCUCCCCGGCGCCUCCCACAGAUAUGGUGCAUCGAUUGAUAGCAAAAGCAGCUAUCGAACCUCGGUGGCUAGCACGCGGUACAGCGACCAUCGGGCCUCCAAACGAUCGGCCUCCAUGUCCAGCCGGCGCCCCUCGUUUGGCAGCGUAUCCCGCGAACACCUACAAUUCAUUGACGAAGAGGCACCCCCGGUGCCGCCCCCAGCACCUCAGAAUCUGCUACUUCCAGCACGACUCUCGGGAGCCGAGCUUGCCGAGAAGCCGGAAGGACGAGGUGAAAUCUACAGUGGAUUUGAUUUCGGUGUGUCAGCGCGGCCAACGAGUGCCAAGGCUGAGAUCGAUCAUGUUGGGGCCGGGUCGCUUCGAGUAUCGUCGCACACAAAUCGUAGCUCUGACAGACUGAGUAGUAACCGCGGGUCCGCGGAGCUGUUCUUCCAAAGUCCUACCCCGAGUCCGAAUGAGGCUCCCGUUGAUUUUGAGCUUCCAGACGAGCCAGCAGCGUCUCCUGCCGCCCCGUCCAGCGUGGAGUACAAGGCUUUCAAACCAGUAACUUCGGAACACCUGCAGCCGGCCGAUGCUGAAUCCGCAAGUACUCCAGAAGAAGGCAACAAGCAAAGGAAAGAUUCCGAUUCCGCAAGCGAGAGCAACAUCUCAGUUUCCAACUUCGCCCGGGCUCUUGGGCUCGAUGUUCCGGAUCAUGCCGCCGAGAGCUCAAUCACGUCGUCGGAUUCAUCGCCAUCUGACACUCACAGCGGCACUUCCUUCUCUAGUCUACCGUCUGACGCCAGUCUCUCGCGGAGGCAACCUUCGGACCCCAGCCGCCUCGGCUCGGUGGUAGAAGAGCUCAAGGGUGGCCCGCGCGCGAAGGAACCCGUGCUGGACGAGCCUGUCACGGAAAGUCCGAUUGAUCUCGAGCCUCCUCGCAUUACGGAGCACCUCUUCAGCCCGGAUUCGCCGACUGACCCAGCCAUCUCUCAGGGGAGCUUAUCGCUCGUGUCGGAGAAACUGCCACGAAAAGCAGACGAUCAUCAGCCCGAGCGACCCACUAUGCUCCGCUCUGUGACGGCACCCGCCCCAUCCCCGGCCCCGGCCCCUCGCCCGUCCCCACGCCCGAAGGGGCCUUGUCGCGGUUGCGGUGAGAUGAUCUUGGGCAAGUCCGUGUCCUCGGCCGACGGCCGUCUCACCGGCCGGUACCACCGUGCCUGCUUUGUCUGCUUUCAGUGCAAGACCCCUUUCCAGACUGCGGAUUUCUAUGUCCUUGAGGACCGACCUUUCUGCGCUCAGCAUUACCAUGAACGCAACGGCUCCCUCUGCGCUACAUGUCACACUGGUAUUGAGGGGCAAUAUCUUGAGACGGACGAACGUCGCGGCCGCGGUCCGGGCGACCGUCAGAAGUUCCAUCCGGAGUGCCUCAAAUGCCGCACAUGUGGCAUUGCUCUGAACGGGGACUAUUUUGAGUGGUAUGGUCAGGUUUACUGCGAGCGCGAUGCUCGACAAGCAGCGGCUGCAUCGAUGGCUCCCCCUCGGCCCCCUCGCUCGCCCAUGCCCAUGUCUCCGAUGGGACCCCCUGGUGGUCGUGGCUAUGGACCACCUCCGGGGUACGGUGGUCGCGGUCGAGGCCGACCGCCUCCUGGCCCUCGUCCUGGCUCCUCUGCCAGCCAGGCUCCUCCCAUGCCCAUCCCAAUGCUGCGUCCUCCAGGGCCUGGGGACGGGCCAUAUGGAGCCAUUGGAGCCCUUCCCAGCUCUCGACGAUUCCCUGAACGACGCACCACCAAAUUGAUGAUGAUAUGAUUAUAAGUACAUUGAUGGACGUGAUUCCAGCCAACAUUCGUAAUUUCUAGUUUUCCUCACUCGAGAGGGACCCUCGUCUCAUGGUUUUCACUGUUCGUCGCUCAAGCCUUGCCCUUUACUGCGAUGACCCUAGACUCUCUUUGCUUUAUACCCUUUUCGUGGUUUUCAUGUUGAUAGAAUAUU